AUGCAUAGUUUCACUUUACUACCAUCAGCACAUGAUAAAGAGAGCUUGAUUUUAGUUGCAUGUGCUUUCCAUGCAUUGAAAGAUGGUAUUCAGACAUUGAAACAAUAUUAUAGUGAAUUGGAUGUAAACUAUUUGGAAACUGUUGAUCUUAAGGAAGACAGACAAAUGUUCUAUCCGUAUCGUGAUUUUUUUACAAUGAAUGGUAUGGAAAUCCGCUUCAAGUACAAAAAACGGCUGCAAGACCAAAAACUUCUUUUCCUUGUGGACAUAGUGAAUGCAAAGGAAAAAACUAUGAAUGAAGAAAACAUCAUUACCACUACUCAAUUACUGAUCAAAUUUGCAAGGAGUUAUGUUAAUCUACUUGCUGGAGGGUGGAAAAUUAUUGUUAUGGAAUAUCUUCUUCCAGAGCAAUUUGUUACAGUUUAUGAGGCUCUAUCACCUCCUGACACAAUCAAAAGCAAUAGAUUGCUGGAAUUGGCCAAGAAUUCAGUCAGUUUACUGCAUAAUGCCAGAUAUGUCCAUGGUGAUAUUCGUACAUCAAACCUGAUGAUUUCAAAUG